GCACUGCAGUGGUGGGAGCCCGGCCGGCCUCCCGCCUGCAGCCGGGCGCUCGUCAUGCACCAGCGCGGGCGCCGAGCCUCGUCGGGCCGCCCGGGACCCCGGGUCGCGGGCCACCGCCGCGCCCUCCUGCGUUAACUGCCGGAGUCCGUCCCCUCCGCGGCCCGCUCGCCGCCGGGCGCUCGCCGCAGUACUAUCCGCCUCCCCGCUCCCGCCCUCCUCCCCCCGCGCCGCCGCCGCCGCCGCAGGAGAGCGGGAGGGGGGGACGGAGGGAGGGAGGUGGCGGGGCCGAGCCCAGAGCCCGUCCCGGGCGCUGGCCAGCGAGCUCGGGCCGCGGCGGGAGGCGCCAUCCGGGGACCGCCGGCAGCCGCGGCGCGCCUAGCCCUCCGCGCGGCUCGCAGCCACCUCCCCGCCGGCCCGGCCGCAUCCUCCCCGCGGCGGGGAGAGAAGCUCCCCCCUCGCCGAGCAGAGACUCCUGGUUUCCUCCUCGGGAGGCUGUCGCCACCUGCCUCGCCAAGCGUGAGGGGUCCGGGAGGCGGGGACCUGGGCACCGCGACCCGCCAUGGCUCAAGCGGCCAAACAGCUGAAGAAAAUCAAAGACAUCGAGGCGCAGGCCCUUCAGGAGCAGAAGGAGAGGGAGGAAAACAGGAAGCGGAGGAACCGCUCCCGCGACCGAAAGAAGAAGGGCGAUGCUGCUACCAGCUUUCUCAGGGCAGCAAGAUCAGGGAACUUGGAUAAAGCUUUGGAUUACCUGCAGAAUGGGGUAGACAUUAACACCUGUAACCAGAAUGGGCUGAACGGCUUGCACCUGGCCUCGAAAGAAGGCCACGUGAAGAUGGUGGUUGAACUUCUGCACAAAGAGAUCAUUCUAGAAACCACAACCAAGAAAGGGAACACGGCUCUGCACAUCGCCGCCCUCGCUGGUCAGGACGAGGUGGUCCGGGAGCUGGUCAAUUAUGGCGCCAAUGUCAACGCCCAGUCUCAGAAAGGCUUCACACCCCUGUACAUGGCAGCACAAGAGAAUCACUUGGAAGUGGUUAAGUUCUUACUGGAGAAUGGAGCUAAUCAGAAUGUAGCCACAGAAGACGGCUUCACCCCUCUCGCCGUGGCUCUGCAGCAGGGCCACGAGAACGUGGUGGCACACCUCAUCAACUACGGGACGAAGGGGAAGGUGCGCCUCCCUGCCCUGCACAUCGCGGCCCGCAACGACGACACCCGGACGGCGGCGGUGCUUCUGCAGAAUGACCCCAACCCGGACGUGCUUUCCAAGACAGGAUUUACCCCCCUCCACAUCGCAGCUCACUAUGAGAACCUCAACGUGGCCCAGCUACUCCUCAACCGGGGAGCCAGUGUCAACUUCACGCCACAGAACGGCAUCACGCCGCUGCACAUCGCCUCCCGCCGGGGGAACGUGAUCAUGGUGCGGCUCCUGCUGGACCGCGGGGCCCAGAUAGAAACAAGGACCAAGGAUGAAUUGACACCUCUCCACUGUGCAGCUCGGAAUGGGCACGUGCGGAUCUCAGAGAUCCUGCUGGACCACGGGGCACCCAUCCAAGCCAAAACCAAGAACGGCUUGUCCCCAAUUCACAUGGCGGCUCAGGGAGACCACCUUGACUGUGUUCGACUUCUAUUGCAAUACAACGCAGAAAUAGAUGACAUCACCCUGGAUCACCUGACCCCCCUCCAUGUGGCAGCCCACUGUGGCCAUCACAGAGUGGCCAAGGUCCUUUUGGAUAAAGGGGCCAAACCAAACUCCAGAGCCCUGAAUGGCUUCACCCCCUUACACAUCGCCUGCAAGAAGAACCAUAUCCGGGUCAUGGAGCUGCUGCUGAAGAUGGGAGCCUCCAUCGACGCGGUCACCGAGUCCGGCCUGACCCCUCUCCACGUGGCCUCCUUCAUGGGGCACCUGCCCAUUGUGAAGAACCUCCUGCAGCGGGGGGCAUCGCCCAAUGUCUCCAACGUGAAAGUGGAGACCCCGCUACACAUGGCAGCCAGGGCAGGGCACAUGGAAGUCGCCAAAUACCUGCUCCAGAACAAAGCCAAAGUCAAUGCCAAGGCCAAGGAUGACCAGACCCCACUUCACUGUGCAGCUCGCAUCGGCCAUACCAACAUGGUGAAGCUCCUGCUAGAAAACAGUGCCAACCCCAACCUGACCACCACUGCCGGGCACACCCCCCUGCACAUUGCAGCUCGAGAGGGCCACGUGGAAACGGCUCUGGCCCUGCUGGAAAAGGAAGCGUCCCAGGCAUGCAUGACCAAGAAAGGAUUUACCCCUCUCCAUGUGGCGGCCAAGUACGGGAAGGCUCGGGUGGCAGAGGUGCUGCUGGAGCGGGACGCACACCCUAAUGCCGCCGGGAAGUACGGCCUGACUCCCCUGCACAUGGCCGUCCAUCACAACCACCUGGACAUCGUCAAGCUGCUGCUGCCGCGGGGCGGCUCCCCACACAGUCCUGCUUUGAACGGCUACACCCCUUUGCACAUCGCUGCCAAGCAGAACCAGAUGGAGGUGGCCCGCAAUCUGCUGCAGUACGGGGCGUCCCCGAAUGCAGAGUCGGUGCAGGGCGUGACACCCCUUCACCUGGCUGCCCAGGACGGUCAUGCAGAGAUGGUGGCCCUGCUACUCUCCAGACAAGCCAACGGCAACCUGGGCAACAAGAGCGGACUCACCCCCCUCCACCUGGUGGCACAAGAAGGCCACGUUUCAGUGGCAGACAUGCUGAUCAAACACGGUGUCCUGGUGGACGCCCCCACCCGGAUGGGUUACACCCCCCUCCACGUGGCCAGUCAUUAUGGAAACAUCAAGAUGGUGAAGUUCCUGCUACAGCACCAGGCAGACGUCAAUGCCAAGACCAAGCUAGGAUACAGCCCCUUGCACCAGGCGGCCCAACAGGGACACACAGACAUCGUGACACUGCUUCUCAAAAAUGGUGCUUCCCCAAACGAGGUCAGCUCGAAUGGAACCACGCCCCUGGCAAUAGCCAAGCGCUUGGGCUACAUCUCUGUAACAGACGUGCUCAAGGUUGUCACAGAUGAACCCAGUGUCGUGUUAGUCAGUGAUAAGCACCGGAUGAGUUUCCCUGAGACAGUAGAUGAGAUCCUGGAUGUUUCUGAAGAUGAAGGAACCGCUCAUAUAUCUAUAAUGGGAGAAGAACUCGUCGGCUCCAGGGCUGAGAGGCAGGACUCCAGGGACGUAGACGAAGAGAAAGAGCUGCUGGAUUUUGUGCCGAAGCUGGAUCAAGUGGUGGAAUCUCCAGCCAUCCCGAGGAUUCCCUGUGUCACACCUGAGACAGUGGUGAUCAGAUCUGAAGAGCCAGAGCAGGCAUCUAAAGAGUAUGAUGAAGACUCACUCAUCCCCAGCAGCCCGGCCACAGAGACCUCAGACAACAUCAGCCCGGUGGCCAGCCCCGUGCACACAGGGUUUCUGGUGAGCUUCAUGGUGGACGCCCGGGGAGGCUCCAUGAGAGGGAGCCGGCACAACGGCCUGCGGGUGGUGAUCCCGCCUCGGACGUGUGCGGCACCCACUCGCAUCACCUGCCGCCUGGUCAAGCCGCAGAAGCUGAGCACGCCGCCCCCGCUGGCCGAGGAGGAGGGCCUGGCCAGCAGGAUCAUCGCGCUGGGGCCCACAGGGGCUCAGUUCUUGAGCCCUGUGAUUGUGGAGAUCCCCCACUUCGCCUCCCAUGGCCGCGGGGAUCGUGAGCUCGUGGUGCUGCGGAGUGAGAACGGCUCCGUGUGGAAGGAACACAAGAGCCGCUACGGAGAAAGCUACCUGGAUCAGAUCCUCAACGGGAUGGACGAAGAACUGGGGAGUCUGGAGGAGCUGGAGAAGAAGCGGGUGUGCCGCAUCAUCACCACGGACUUCCCCUUGUACUUCGUGAUCAUGUCCCGGCUCUGCCAGGACUACGACACCAUCGGCCCUGAAGGGGGCUCUCUGAAGAGCAAGCUGGUGCCCCUGGUGCAGGCGACCUUCCCAGAAAACGCCGUCACCAAGAGAGUGAAGCUGGCUCUGCAGGCCCAGCCUGUUCCAGAUGAGCUUGUCACCAAACUCCUGGGCAACCAGGCCACGUUCAGCCCCAUUGUCACCGUGGAGCCCAGGCGCCGGAAAUUUCACCGGCCCAUCGGGCUGCGGAUCCCACUCCCUCCUUCCUGGACGGACAACCCACGGGACAGCGGGGAGGGAGACACCACCAGCCUGCGCCUGCUCUGCAGCGUCAUUGGAGGAACAGACCAAGCCCAGUGGGAAGAUAUAACAGGAACAACCAAGCUUGUGUAUGCCAACGAGUGUGCCACCUUCACCACCAACGUCUCUGCCAGGUUUUGGCUGUCGGACUGUCCUCGGACGGCUGAGGCCGUGAACUUCGCCACCCUGCUGUACAAGGAGCUUACCGCGGUGCCCUACAUGGCCAAGUUUGUCAUUUUUGCCAAGAUGAAUGACCCCCGAGAAGGGCGGCUGCGCUGCUACUGUAUGACGGACGAUAAGGUGGACAAGACCCUCGAGCAUCACGAGAACUUUGUUGAGGUGGCCCGGAGCAGGGACAUAGAGGUGCUGGAAGGGACGCCCCUGUUCGCAGAACUCUCUGGGAACCUGGUGCCCGUCAAAAAAGCUGCCCAGCAGCGGAGUUUCCAGUUCCAGUCAUUCCGGGAGAACCGUCUGGCCAUUCCUGUAAAGGUGAGGGACAGCAGCCGAGAACCGGGAGGGUCCUUGUCGUUCCUGCGCAAGGCGAUGAAGUACGAGGACACGCAGCACAUCCUCUGCCACUUGAACAUCACCAUGCCCCCCUGCACCAAGGGGGGCGGAGCCGAUGACAGGAGACGGACUCUGACACCGCUGGCCCUGAGAUACAGCAUUCUCAGCGAAUCCACACUGGGCUUUCUCAGCGGGACGGACCGAGCAGACAUGAAGAUGGCCAUUAUAUCCGAACACCUGGGUCUCAGCUGGGCAGAGCUGGCCCGGGAGCUGCAGUUCAGCGUGGAAGACAUCAACAGGAUCCGCGUAGAAAACCCCAACUCGCUGUUGGAGCAGAGCGCAGCCUUGUUGAACCUCUGGGUCAUCCGUGAAGGCACAAACGCCAAGAUGGAGAACCUGUACGCCGCCCUGCGGAACAUUGACCGGAGCGAGAUCGUGAACAUGUUGGAAGGCUCUGGCAGACAAAGCCGCAAUCUGAAACCGGACCGGCGGCACACGGAGCGGGACUACUCCUCCUCGCCCUCCCAGAUGAAUGGUUACUCCUCGCUGCAGGACGAGCUGCUGUCCCCUGCCUCCCUGCACUACGCGCUUCCCUCUCCGCUGCGUGCAGACCAGUACUGGAACGAGGUGGCCGUCAUAGACGCCAUCCCCUUGGCGGCCACGGAGCAUGACGCCAUGCUGGAGAUGUCUGACAUGCAGGUGUGGUCCGCGGGCCUCACACCCUCUCUGGUCACUGCUGAGGACUCCUCUCUGGAGUGCAGCAAGGCCGAGGACUCUGACGCCACCGGCCACGAGUGGAAGCUGGAGGGGGCGUUCUCCGAGGGAACCCAGGGCCCCACGCUGGGCUCUCUGGACCUUGUGGAGGAUGACACAGUGGAUUCAGAUGCCACAAAUGGCCUUAUCGAUUUGCUUGACCAGGAGGAAGGUCAGAGGUCAGAAGAGAAGCUGCCAGGUCAUAAGAGGCAGGAGGACUCGACAGGUGCAGGGCAGGACUCAGAGAAUGAAGUGUCUCUUGUUUCAGGCCAGCAGAGGGUGCAAGCCCGCAUCACAGAAUCCCCCACUGUGAGUCGGGUGAUGGAGACAAGCCAGGACAGACUGCAGGACUGGGAUGGGGAAGGCUCCAUUGUCUCGUACCUGCAAGAUGCUGCACAAGGUUCCUGGCAAGAGGAGGUCACGCGAGGCCCACACUCAUUCCAGAGAACCGUCACCACCGUCAAAGGGCUGGAGCCCAGUGGGUCUCGGGAGUAUGAGAAGGUCCUGGUGUCUGCGACUGAGCACUUGCAGCCAGAGCAGCCCGAGGCCGAGAGCCUGCAGGCUGACUGGGAACGAAGACGACAAGGCCACCGAGAGUGGGUGCAGCAGGCAGAGAGCACCUUCUCCCAGCUGGUAGAGGGGAGUGAGCUUCAGAAUAUUCCAGGGGAGCAGGUGACUGAGGAACAAUUCACAGAUGAGCAGGGCAACAUUGUCACCAAAAAGAUCAUCCGCAAAGUUGUGCGGCAGAUAGAGUCGUCUGGUGGCGAUGACACCCGGGAGCACGAGGAGGUGAUUGUCGAGGGGCCCCCGGAAGAUCCUGGGGAGAUGGAAGUUGAUAUUGAUAACUUUAUGAGACACAUCAAGGUGGAGCGGAGAGGGAAUAGCCUGCAGCCGGACCUGAUAGAGGGCAGGAAGGGGGCUCAGAUAGUGAAGCGGGCAAGCCUGAAAAGGGGGAAGCAGUGAUCUCGAGCACCCCCCUCAAAUGGCCUCUCUGGAGGAUCACACCUCGACACCCAACCCUUGAACUCCACACACUCUGCCAUGCACACAGGAGGAGAGCUGGACCGGAGGGCAGCACAACGGCGCACAUGUUCCUCUAGGCUAACGGCAUGAUCUCCGUAAGGGACUUCCUCUAGUCUCCUAUUCGCAUGAACGACCGACUGUAGACGCAUGACCUACAGUCCUCAAUCCUGCCUCUAGCGACAACCGAUCUCUGUUCUGUUGGGAAUCAGGACAAAAGCAGCAAGAAUGGGGGGUGGGGGGUGGGAGAGGGAUAGAAAGCAAGCGCAAGAGAGCGCAUGAACGCGGAAGUGAACAAGGGCUCUUUGUGGCUGGGGAUGAUAUAUUUUUUUAAAACAUUUUCAUUUUGACUUGUUACAGGGUACUUAUUUUUUCAAUAUCUCUAAGAAAUCUAUAUGGGCUUCCUGGAAAGAAAAAAGAAAGAGAACUAGGCUUGAAAUCAGUUCAGCACCUUAAUCCUAUGUCCUCAUCUGCCAGCCUUCCCUACCCACACACACCCCCAUUCCAUUUGUGACAGCCCCUCCCUCUCCCCAGUGGACCGCCCCCACCCCCACCCCCGAGAACCCUCUACAUGACAUUAAGGACACGCACAGAGGCACCUCUCCCCUCUACUCAGUAUACACACAGAUUUUACUGUGAUGUCUGAAGCUGUAUAGAAUCUCCUGUGGAUAAACUGGAAUUUUUUUUAUGUUGCCUCUCUCUCUCUCUCUCUCUCUCUCUCUCUCUCUCUCUCUCGCUCUCUGCCAGUUUCAGUAUUAAUCAUCUUCCCAUGGAAAAUCAUUACCUUUGGAGUGCAUUCGGGGUUCCUUGUGUUAGGGACUUAAGAAGCUGAGGUGAGGACCCCAGGGCGUAGCUGUAGGGCCCACAGGGAGCCAGUGCCCCGUCUCAAAGGGUCUUGGCUCUCAGUUGGUGGCUGUCCCGGGAUUGCACCAGCAUGUUCACUAGAGAAGAGGUUUUCUAUAUCUUCAAGCACCUAUAUCAUAGUCUGUGUUCAAAGUGUAAACUGUACAGUAAUCAGCCUUGUGUAUAUGAAAAAUAAUAAAUACUAUGCAAACCAAUAGAAACACUUUAGCAGUAUGUGCACAGCACUAACAGCUCAGCUCUGGGCUUCUCCGGGCUGCUAGGAGCCACAGCCCGUCUCUUUGAAAGAGGGAGCAGGGCUGGGGAAUGCAUCUGUGGGUUCUCAGAAGUCAGCCGCCCCCAAGGUCUCCCAGAGUGAACUCGGUGCUCUAAGUCCAGGCAGCCGGCGGGAUGGGGGGCCUAGGCUGACAGCCUCAGUCUCCCCACUCUGACCAAGCCCCUCCGCCCACCUGGAGAGGAGGGUGAGGGGCCCACUCCUGACCACAUGCCCAGGGGAGGGCCAGCCGGAGGAGGAGAGAGCUGACCACCAGGAGGCCUGGGGCUAGGAAGGAGACCCCCCUAGGCCAGGCCUCCGGUCGGGGCAGGAAGGAAACAGACAGCUGGCUGUUCCUAGCCUCGGUGCCGGUGCCACCCGGGAAGAGCCUUAAAGUUACAUCAGAGCCUCCGGCAGAGGGAGGCCCAAAUCAGCACAAACCGCCCCGUCCUGCGCGGCGGGCGCCCUCCAGGGCCAGAGAGAGAUUGGCAGGCUCUGCUGGCUGUCCCAGAGCCACUGUUCGCGGGGGCCAGUCACCCUCCUCCCUGCCACUCUUCUGACGCGUCCUCAGAACACAUUCACACUUUCCAAGUAGCACAGACGCCCCCUCAGUGUCAGAGCCCCCCACCGCCCUGGUGCCCGUCGCCAGCCUCGCAGGUCCUGGCGCAGCAGGGCAGCUGGGCGGCCGGGCUGAGUGGAGCCCCGCCGCCGGCCCAGGCGCUUCUGUUGGUCCCGGCGGUUUUUGCUUUCAGAGGGGCCAGCCCGGGAGAGGACAGCUGAGCUGGCGGCCUCAGGCCCCCCAGGCUGUGCCCCAGCAAGUGCAGCGCCCGCCCUCCCUGCGGGGCAGGAGCGCAGGGCUGCCGGCGCGGGCCGGGCGGCUCAGCCAGAGCCCGCCGGUCCCCAGGGCGGGCCACUUGGCCGGAGGAAGACAGGCGCAGGGCCCUCCGCCCCAUCCUGUCCCGUCCUGCCCCGGCCGCCGCUGCAGCCGCCCCGUAGCCCCUCGCAGAGCCUGCGCCCGGCCCAGCCUAUGCUUUGGCACCUUCUGCUCUGUACGGCUUGGCUGCUUGGCCCCGCGGCCGGCCCUGGCGGCAUGGCUGCCCGCUCUGGUUGCUAAUAGGAGCUGUUAGGGGAGGAGUUUGGGGUCUCCACACGAUGCCUAGAGAAUGCUGCAGUCUGCACACUAGACGCUUUUUAGAAGUUUUGGAAUCACCUUGAUUUUUCUAAUUGUUAUGAAAAUAAAUCUUUUCUCGACUCUCUCCCACAUGCUCUGUAAUCGGGAGGGAAUUCCCCUUGCCCACUAUGAUGUAUAGACCAUUCUCCCUACACCAGCUGAACAAAUGUCAAAAUUAAUAAAGAAAUUGACUCAUG